UGGAAGCACGAGAGGGAGGGCGGAGGCUAGAACCAGGGUUGGGCAAGAAGGCUGCGAGAACCGUGGUGGCAGCAGCAGCCUGAGUUGCACUAAGGAUUUCGGGUGUGGGGAACCGCGGUCAUGGACCAUAUCACGGUGCCCAAGGUAGAAAACGUGAAAUUACUGGAUCGUUAUGUAGGUAAGAAACCAGCUAAUGGAAGUCUGUAUCUUACUGCAACCCACCUAAUCUAUGUGGAAGCUUCUGGGACAGCCCGAAAAGAGACAUGGAUUGCACUGCAUCAUAUUGCAACUGUGGAGAAAUUGCCUGUCACUAGCCUGGGUUGUCCCCUGAUCCUCCGCUGCAAGAAUUUCCGGGUGGCCCACUUUGUUUUAGAAUCUGAUAUUGUGUGCCAUGAGGUUUAUAUUUCACUGCUAAAGCUUUCUCAACCAGAAUUACCUGAAGAUCUGUAUGCUUUUUCAUAUAAUCCCAAGUUCUCAAAAGACAUGAGGGAAAGUGGAUGGAAGCUGAUUGACCAAACAUCAGACUUUGGACGUAUGGGAAUUCCUAACAGGUACUGGACUAUAACAGAUGCCAACAGAAACUAUGAGAUAUGCAGUACCUACCCUCUUGAAAUAGUGAUUCCUAAAUCUGUUACAUUGGGAACGGUGGUUGGAAGUUCAAAGUUCAGAAGUAAAGAACGUGUGCCUGUGCUGUCCUACCUCUACAAAGAGAACAAUGCUGCCAUUUGCCGCUGUAGCCAGCCUCUAUCUGGAUUUUAUACUCGUUGCAUAGAUGAUGAACUCCUGCUAGAGGCUAUUCGCCAGACAAAUCCAGGGAGCCAGUUCUUGUAUGUUGUAGACACAAGACCAAAGUUAAAUGCCUUGGCCAACCGAGCAGCUGGGAAGGGGUAUGAAAAUGAAGACAACUAUGCCAACAUUCGCUUCAGGUUCAUGAGCAUUGAGAACAUCCAUGUGAUGCGGAGCAGCCUGCAGAAACUCUUGGAAGUUUGUGAAUUGAAAACUCCAACAAUGAGUGAAUUUCUUAGCGGCCUGGAGAGCUCAGGGUGGUUGAGACACAUUAAAGCUAUUAUGGAUGCUGGAAUUUUCAUUGCAAAGGCAGUGAAGGUAGAAAAGACCAAUGUCUUAGUCCAUUGUUCUGAUGGGUGGGACCGCACAGCACAAGUUUGCUCUGUGGCCAGCAUCCUCCUAGAUCCAUUUUAUAGGACAUUCAAAGGACUCAUGAUCCUGAUAGAGAAGGAAUGGAUAUCCAUGGGCCACAAGUUCUCCCAAAGGUGUGGCCACCUGGAUGGGGACUCUAAAGAAGUAUCCCCUAUUUUCACACAGUUCCUAGACUGUAUCUGGCAAUUAAUGGAACAAUUUCCAUGUGCCUUUGAAUUUAAUGAAAAUUUCCUGCUGGAAAUUCAUGACCAUGUUUUCUCCUGCCAGUUUGGGAACUUCCUUGGAAACUGCCAGAAGGAUCGAGAUGAUCUGAGAAUAUAUGAGAAAACCCAUUCAGUGUGGCCUUUCUUGGUUCAGAGGAAACCAGACUUCAGGAACCCUCUCUAUAAAGGCUUCACUAUGUAUGGGGUACUAAAUCCUAGUACUGUGCCCUACAACAUUCAGUUCUGGUGUGGGAUGUAUAACCGCUUUGACAAAGGGUUGCAGCCCAAGCAGAGUAUGCUAGAGAGCCUCCUGGAAAUUAAGAAGCAGAGAUCAAUGCUGGAGGCAGAUGUGCACAAACUAGAAAAGAAACUGAAAGCCCAUGAUGAGCCACCAGAAGUCCGUACCUGCUCUCAAUUAGGGCAUUUACUAUCUCAGCACCUGGGAACUCCUUUGACAAAUCCUGUCUGUUUUAUGGGUACCAAUGGAGACCUGAAUACCUUGAUGGAGAAUGGCACUCUUUCUAGAGAAGGAGGCCCUCUAGUUCAGCUGGAUCAAGUAAAAAGUCAGUGUGCAGACCUCCACCAUGACUAUUAUGGGAUCAUGGGCAACCUUAGGGCCAUAAACAUUUCUAGGGGUGUGGGCUUCUCUGGAGACACAGGCAUCUCUGGGGUCUUGGGCAUCUCUGACAACAUGGGCACCACUGAAGCUAUGGGCUUCUAUGAAUACACCAGCAUUUCUAAGACCAUGAGCUUCUCUGGGAACAUGGGCAUCUCUGAAGACAUAGGGCUGUCUAAGGCCAGCACCAAGACAGGCUUCUCUAAGCAACAGUGAGCUAUUCAUCUGUUUCCAUGUUAGUUGUACCUACAACACCCACAAUGAUCCUUGUCUCAAAAAAGGCUUUGCUGCUUUUCUAACUGGAUUAAAUGGCUGAGGCUUAAGAUUCUAGAAGGGGAUUUAGGGCCUUAACUAGUUAAGCAAUCAGUGUAUGUACCUCAGGGCUUCCCUGGUGGCUCAGUGGUAAUGAAUCCACCUGCCAAUGCAGGAGAUGUGGGUUCGAUCCCUGGAUUGGGAAGAUCCUCUGGAGAAGGAAAUGGCAACCCACUCCAGUAUUCUUGCCUGAGAAAUCCCAUGGACAAAGGAGUCUGAUGGGCUCCAGAACAUAGGGUCGCAAGAGUCAGACAUGACUUAGCAACUAAACAACAAGAACAAACAACAUAUGCAUGUCAAGCAGCCUAGAAUAUAGGCAAAAGAAAGAAUAUGUUAUAGUUCUAGAAUGGGAUUUAACUUUAAAAAUAUCUUGCUUUUCAGCUGAGAUAUUAGAUUGGUUCCAUUAUUCCAUUUUCCUUAAAGGUCAGUCUCCCUUACUUUUCCACCCUUACUAUUCUAGCACAAGAACAAGUAGAAAUAUUGUCAUACUGAAGAAUUAAGACCCUGUUGAAGGGAUGGAAUGUGCAAAGGUAACUGAAUUGCAGAAUGACUUGAAAGAAAAUUUUACUUGAAGGUAUAUAUAUAGUCAUACAAUGUAAGCUCACAUUAUUGCCAGUAGAGACCCCCAACAUUUACCUGAGAAUAAAUCAAAAUGGUACAUGGGUACUUGGUGAUUUAGAACAUAUAAGGAAAAUUUUCCCAGUUCAUUCCCUAGCUAGGUCUUAUAAUACUCACUUAGCCAACUCCCUUUUUUAUAGAUAGCCCAUCAAUAAACUUGAAUCCACUACAUUCUAAAAUGAUCAAUUCCAAAACAGUGGGGUCUGAAUUAAUAAUGUUGAUCAAUAGCAUUUUCAACAUCAGUUCAGGAGACAACUGAAAAUCUUAGUGCUUUAGACCCUGGCUUAUACAUGGCAUAUGUGCCCACCUAAGUUUUCCUAAAAACAGGACUCUUCUUGGGUCUUUUUUUUUUUUUUUUUGCCAUACCACAUGGCCUGUGGGAUCUUAGUUCUCUGUACAGGGAUUGAACCCAUUCCCUCUGCAGUAGAACCAUGGAAUCUUAAUCAUUGGACUGCCAGGGAAGUCCCUCUUCUUAGGCAUUUUUAUGAAGAUCAGUGGUUUUACUUCCCUAGAGAUCACAUUAGUUUGUGGAUUUUUAGACAUAAUUGGCACUACUUUUAAAAUCUGAUAGGCUUAACACCUUGUACUAAUGUAGACUUUUGAAAAAAGUCUGUUCUUAAAGCAUGCCCAGCUACUCCAGGGGAAGGGGAAACUAAACUUUCCCCAAUUUGGGGUUGAUACACUUGCUGUACACUUUCCUAUUGGAUAUACAGUCAUAGUUUACCCACUUCCACAUGUUGGAGUAGGAUAAGCCUUGCAUAGUUUGGGUCAUGCAAUAUAUUGUCAGCACUUUCAGAAUUUCCUUUGGCAGUAGAAUCCAUAUAGUCACCCAGGAUGUCUAUUUUGUAUACCAUGUAUUUGGUUUAAGCUAAAAAAAAAAAACCUGAGAUUCUUAGUGAAAGAGCCAUCUCUGUUACUAUCACAUCCAUUUGUAAAUACAGACAUCUCUAAAGGAUCACCUCAUUAGUUACUAACUCUUCCAGAAAAUUGCAGAGGAAGUUAAACUUCCAAACUCAUUCUAUGAGGCCACCAUCACCCUAAUACCAAAACCUGACAAAGAUCCCACAAAAAAAGAAAACUACAGGCCAAUAUCACU